CAUAUUGUUUCAGAUUUUUUUAGAAAUAUUUAAUAUUUUUAAAAAGUCCAAGACGAAAAGGACCCAUGUCCGGCGAAUUAAGAUGCCAAAAAACACGCCGUCCGUUGAGGGUUAAUACAACACACCGCAAAAGCAUCAAAUAUCAAAUAAUUAACUAAUAUACAGAGAGUUACAUGCGUUUCCAUACCAUUGUAUUCAUAUCGUUGUAAUUAUUUAUGUAUAGAAUAUUCGGCCACCAGAACGUGUGACAAACUUUGGAUGGCUGUUGGAAAUAUAUGUAGAAAAUACAGACAUUGUACUAUAGUAGAAGAAAGUUAAAUAUACUAUUACUAUCAUAGUUAUAUAGAGGUCUAAAUGGAAUAGUGUUCGGAAUAUAUGACUCUAUUGCAAGUUAGAGACACGUGGCCUCUCUUAUCCAAUUCCUAUCCUCACCGCCUAAUGGUGAACCCCGAUAACUUGAGCAACUCCGUAGAAAAUUGAGUAACCAACCCCAGUGGGAAGCAGAGUCAAGGCCAACGAGGAAAGAAGAAAUGGUCCCUCGAUAAUUGGGGGGUUGAGCAGAAGGCUAACUACCUUCUCCUGGAAAAAAGUCUAAUUGCGAGUAUUCAAGAAAGAGAAGUCGGAUCGAUCGAAGAAAACUACGCAAUAAAAAGGAACAUGAGUUAAAGAUUGCGACAUGAAAUAUCCGAUCCUUCUACAGGCAGGGUGCACUUCAUAGCAUAGCUUUUCGAAAAAGCAUCUAUGCGCUCCGAGAGCACGCGAUCUUCCUCUCUGUUCUGCAAAUAGCGCAAAUACGCUUCGAUCGAAUACUAAAAAGUUAUAUACGUGUUACAUAUUGAUAUCACAAAAUGUGUUGAAAAAUAUUAAUCUCACAUUAUAAACGUAUAUUUAAUGUACACAUUAUACAGACAUAAAUUUAUAAUAAUUUGUACUAAUCAUUUGCUGUGUUUCUAAUACAUUGCUAUACUGUAAAUUUUGUUACUGAAAGAUGUUAUAAAGUUUGCUCUUACUAAAAUUACAUUAUAUUAUAGUAGCUACCGAGUUUUUAGUUAGAUAUUUGUGUAAGUUUGAAACCUGUUGAUAGAUUUAUGUUGAAUCUUUCCUAAAGUCAAUUGUGGCUCAAACACGAUAGAGAAAGAAAGAGGAAUUUACUAAUUAAAGCUGCGUUUUGAUAUUUAUUGUGAUCUUCUACAUACUACAAAUCUCUACUUCACAUGUGCUAUAGAUUUCCAGUAUUGGCAGUGAAUAUCAGACCGCAGCCUAUAGCAGUAUUUACUACAUAUUACAUUUCUCUUGAAGAACUUUUAUUCAUGUAUCGAAACUCAAUUCUGAGUAAACUGUGGCGAGAUAAAAGUAAGAGAAAUAAAUUUAGUAAUUAUUUAACUUUUCAUGUAUAAAAUUUUUGACAUAAUAACGUAAAACCCGAUAUAGAUCGUCUUAACAAUGUGCAGUAGUGUCCGUGAAUAUGCUACCAAACUUUAUUUUCAUCAAAUUAGUAAAAUCAAAACAAGAAAUUAUUUAAAAACCAUUCUCAAAAUAUAUAAUAAAUAUAUGAAUAUAUAAAUAUAUAAGUGUUCAUUAGAGUCAUACGCUGAGUGUUUACUGUGAAAAAAAAAAUUAUAUAAAUAUAUAUAUUUUUGUAUAUAUAUAUAUACAAAAUACGCGACAAACAUCGUAUGGCUAAAAAUUCUCUUAUUGACCAAAAAUUUCACGUUGUUUUGUUAUUAUAAAUGAAAAAUAAUUGUAUACUUAUUAUAUCUGUAUUUUAAAGAAAGUUGCGACGUUUGUAUACACAUGAAACCGUCUCAUACACACAAAACACUAGUCUAAAAUAAUACUACAUGUAUACUCAACUAACACAUAAAAUAUUAUUACUCAUGUUCUAUUAAAUUAUAAAUCGGAUUGACACAGUCGUAGAACACACUACUAGCCAAAAGUCUGUUCAAAACCUCUAUGAUCGCGUCAAGCGUGACAGUACCGUAAGUCAUCGUAUGUCUCUGCGUGUAACAAGAACAAAACUUUACAUACUAAAUCAGAGAAACUAUAUUGUUCAAUUAAUUUUUUUAAAAGUUGUAAGAGUGUUAUUAAGUCUUUUGCAUGUAAAAGUAAUUUACUUGCAAUAAAUCUUUUACAGUUUCGCGAGCGCACCAUUGGCACAUUUAAAAAUAAUUUACUAAAACUCGUUUUUGAUUUUUAUAACAUCUCAAUUGUAUAGUUUCAGAAAAACAUAUCUACAUUCUGAACCAUUUUCUAGAUACAACAUGUCAAAACAUAUGAACGUCUAGUAAACAGUGAAAAUAUAUAUUUCGAAACUCAUAUUUCUAUACAUAUGUACAUAAAUUACAACGUAAGUAAGGUCGUUUCCCCGUGUAUACGGGUGUUUACAUCGUGAUAUGUAUUUAUUAUUUCACGAAAACGACUGUCUUGUAGUUAUUGAUCAUCUCUCCAAGAAACAAGAUCGCAGAUAUUCUUACGCAAAUCGUUUUUGAACUUAUAUAGUGAUAAUACGUAUAAAGUGUAAAUUAAAAUUUAUAUUUUAGAAGAUACAGAUAUUCUCUCAAACAUAGUAAGUUAUAAAAAGCUCGUAUAUUAUGUGGUAAAUAUUCAUUAUUAUUGUUGUGAAAUAUAUCUUGUAGUUUACACCACACGCUAAAAUUCUAUAAAAUUCGUUAGAGAGAAAGAGUUUUCUUUCUAUUAAAAAAAUGUAUAUCUGCUUUAGUUUAUCACUUAUUGUAUAAAUUAUAAUACUUGUACAUAAACCAUACGAAACUAUUACAUAACUACUACUGCAAUCUACCAAUAUCGUAUUUACAUUGACAUAAGUUGCAAAGUGUGACAUACUAUAUAAUUAAAACGCGCUCAAAAUUUGUAGACAAACUUUUCGAGUAUAACGUUGUUUGUUCAAAUAACAGAUUGUUAAAAUUGUUUAUUACACUUUGUGUUUUUCUUUUUCCAAUUGUUCUUCUAUAUGUCAAAUUACCGCAAUCAUGACAACUAUUAUGCGAGUGUAUCUAUAUGCGUACGUAAUAAACAUAAAGACAUCGAAACCAAGUGAUAAACAUAUUCUAGAACGGUCAUACAUAUCUGUCUUUGACAAUUAUAUCUGAUAAAGAAUUAACAAUUAAUGUGUACAUUUAUAAUUUGUCUGUUGCGUCUUUAAUGGCAUAUGCAUUUCUUGUUUAACAAACAAAAUAAUUUUUUAGAUUCACAGUAUGCAGAUGCUUACAUUCUUUGGAACUUUGAGCUUAAUAUUUCUACCUAGAUUUGCUUUUUCAUCUGAUGAAAAGUUAUCUCAAGACCAACAAUGUAUACAACCGAUUGAAUAUAUUAUGAAUAUUUCAGCGGAAGUACAUAAUAAUUCACUCAACGUCAAUUCUCGUGUCAAACUCAACAUUUCAUGUACAGACCAGAAAAUACGACUGUAUGUCAAACACUAUUGUAAUGUUAUAUACGAUUUUAACAUCAUUACUAACAUUUCUCGGUAUAAUUAUUCGCAUUGGUUAUACGAGCCACUUUCUACGAAAGAAGGAUUCAUUGACAUCGUUCUCAAGGACCAAUAUAUAGAAGAUUUUAAAAUAAAACAACGAAAAAAAGAUAUACAACCUGGAAUAUAUUGGAUAACUGCGAAAUAUAAUUGCAUUUUAGAGAAAGUUGCAACAAUUAUCCCAUAUGUACCUGAAACUAAAAAAGAAAAAUAUUUGAUUUUACCGCGUAUUCCCGCUGAAUGGAUUUUUCCUUAUUGGAAAAAUCCUGCAAUCAAGGCUGCAUUUACUAUUCAAUUUAACCAUACCUACAAUGAAAUAGUUUUAUCACAUACGGUUGGUGAUAAAAAGAUUAAAACAAAUCAGUUCUAUACAUUAUUUCCUACUACACCUAAAAUAUCUACUCAUUUGGUAGCAACAGCAGUAUUACCAGAAUAUACCGAUGAAUCAACGUAUACCGAUUAUUAUAUGAGUGCUUCCUUGUUGCAUUAUACACGUGCUACUAUUAAAAUUAGAUUGCAAGUGCAAAACGACAUUUCAUACGCAAUAUUACUUAUAAAAAAUUUUCUGACAUCUAUCGACGAGAAGAAAGAGUAUAUCACAUCAGUCUCAUACGUGCAGUAUUUAAUACUUCCAAACUCCAACAAUUACGAAACCAUAGUAACUUCUGGACUUGUAUUCUUCAGAGACGCUAGUAUUGCAUACAAUAGAAAAGUAGAUUCAAUUAUAAAACAAGCAAAAGUAACAUGCUUGAUUGUACGCGGUGUGCUACAAGAAAUGUUCAGCGAAUGGUUAGUUACAUUGAAACAAUCUGAUUUUUGGUUCCUUGAAGGGUUUUUGACAUUUUACGGAGUUUAUUUAGUCGAUCAAAUUUACAAUGAAACUUUACUGAAGUCGAUUGCGAUCCAGACACGACGAGUAGGUUUUGAAUAUACAGAAGCAUUUAUUGAACAUGGUUUACCAAUACAAAACAAUUUAUUUCCUCAAAACGUAACACUUAAUAUCAUGUGGAAAGAGAAAGCAUUCAAUAUAUUUUCUAUGAUUAAUACAUUGUGCUAUGACAAAGAAGUUUUAUACAAUUCAAUUUUUAAGGAAGCGAUAAAAUUGUAUUCUACCAUGAAUACAUCAAGUGAUACAUUUAAUGAACAGUCUGUUCUGGAUAUUUUAUGGAAAAAUAUACUUGAUGUGCCAGCUAUAUAUAAAAAUAUUCGUUUAGAGACUAUAAAUAUAAAAAAUGUGAUAACUUUUUGGAUAACACAAAAUGGCUACCCUGUGAUACAAGUAACACGAGACAAUGAUACACAGUCUCUGGCAAUAAAACUUAUAGAUUGUAUCGCAGUUAAUCAAGAGGAAUUGUGUGAACACAUGUGGUGGAUACCUGUAACCUAUGUAAAAAUAUCGAGGAAUGUGUCUACUAGAACUUAUGUGCACUUAAAACCAGACGGGAAAAGUAUCUUUGUUCCGUAUAUUAAAGAAAAUGAUUUUAUCAUUAUUACGGAUCAAAAUGGAUAUCGUGUGACCUAUGAUUAUAAAUCAUGGACAAAUAUUGCUUUCUUUUUGGAAAAUAAAAAUCAUACGAUUUGGGAUCCAUAUGAAGUAUCUGACGUCACUUUAGCCCAAAUUCUCGACGAUGCUUUUUAUUUUUUAAUACAAAAUACAAAGUACAACGAACAACCUGUUGCAGGAAUGAGUAAUAUAGACACAUUUUUCAAUCUUGCGGGCAAUGUACUUUACGUGAAAAAUGGGUACAUAACAUGGUAUCCAAUAUUUAAUGCUCUUCAAUAUGUAUCACAAAUUUUUCCGUUUCCAGAAAGCGCAAAAAUCAAGGACAAAACAAUAGAAAUAUUGAAUAAAUUUCUUGAAGAUACAUCACAUAUAAAUGUUUCCGAGAAUAGCAUUGAUACUCAAUUAUAUCACGAAGCUUUAAAAUGGACAUGUAUUCUUGGUAGUUCAAAGUGCAACGAACACCUUACUGAUAUAUUAAAGUGGCAUCUACAAAAUCCUGCACAAAACAAAUUGUUGGUAAGUUGGAAGAGAUGGAUAUAUUGCCAAGGUGUAGCAUUACGAAUUAUAAGUGAUUUUAUGUUGUUGCAUACAAUACGAAACAUUUAUUUGUCACAAGAAAAGCACAACCAAUUUUUUCAGCUUUUAUUUUGUCGUGGACACAAUUAUAAAUUAGAAGUGCGUUAUGCACAAGAACAUCAUUUAGGAGAAGAAAGUGAUUUUGUUAACCUUCUUUUUGAUAUUGUUGCAAGACAUGUAAAAAAGUUUUCUUCACUGGAUAUUAUAAUAAGACAAAUACAAGAUAAAUUUCCAAGACCGGUUGGCCUACUUGCAGUUGUGAAUUUUAGUAUUAACCACAUAUAUGUAGAUGAAGAUCUCGAAACGAUUACNAAGACUGUACUAGUGAUGGUUACAAAUUUUAUCAACAGAUAUAAUCUAGAAACGCCAUUAUUUAUACACGAUGUCAUUANGAAGAAAAUGGUGAAGCGUCGAAGGAUUAUACGAACCAAGAAAAUUUUUAUUCGGAAUGUACCUCAUUACUCACUACACUAUUAAUCACAUGAUGAUUUUAGCAAUUUUUUUGUAUAGACAUAUGCGUUUUAAUUUAAAUAGAAAAUGGUAUCUAUGUAUUGCUGUUAAUAUCAAAGUUAGUCUUGUAUAACAAGAUUUAAUUUAUUUUAUGACACAAAAAAGUAUUUAUUAAUUAUGUUUAAAAUGUAGAAUUUACAGACUUUAAUACAUUUAAUAAUUUGCAAAGUGAUCAUAAAAUCAAAUCAAAUGUGUGGUACACGUAUUGCUACUAUUACACUGUAUUUCAUUUUACACAACUGCGACUAAGUAUACAUUUAAGAUUAAUUGCUCACAAAUGAAUAUAUAAAACACACGUUAUACAAAAAAACACAUUCUGUAGGUAUUCAGAGAACAUUUUGCGAGUAACAUCGUAUUCCAGUGCGUCGUUAUAUGAACAGCAUAUAAUCAGUAAAUCUAGACAGAACUUUGUACGUGAAUAUAUUGUCAUCACACGCAAGAACGACUUAUUCAUCCUAAGUAUGUAAUACACUUUCAAAUUAAGAGUAAAUAACUUACAAUAUGUUAGCAAUUUGCUUGUUAUUUGUUGGUAUAUUGGAUGGGUAUUAGAUAGAUUCUCGUGCGCAAUAUGCACGUGUGCGCGCGAUGAAAUAUGUUAACAAACAAAAUUCAGACAAAUCACAUAAUAAGAUUUACAUAUUUAACGCGCGCAAACCGUGCACGCAAAAAUUAUUAUCUGGAUAUAUAAAACUAUAAAAUGUAUAAAACAGAAGCAAUCUAUCAAACAGUAUUAUGUAUGAUAAAAUGAUAUAUGAUACUCGUAAUGAUUUUUUUACGCAUGUAAAACCUGAUAACCAAUAAUUGAAUUAGAUAUUAUUAUGGUAUUUAUAAUUUAUUCUGUUUUUGUUUUUAAUGUGUUCAAGCAAAAUUAUGUAUAACAAAAUCUUAUA